GUUCAUAACAUUCAUCUUCAGUGACUUACGGUUCGUCAUUAAGAGUAAAAGUCAUACCAAAUAUGCCUUCUGAGUUCAUAUGGAGAUUUUUGUAAAGCAGAUUCGUAGACCUGCAAGUGGCUUGUUCAUGUGGCGAAAAGGGAAAAAGCAGCUAGCAAGCAAUUUGCAGGUUGUUUUCUUUAGAAACAAAAAGCAAAAGAGUAUUCUCUCUCCGACUCUCUACAUAAUUUCCAUGCCUGCCAACUCUUUUUCUCCCAAAAUUCCACACAAUUGUUCAUAGUUGAUCCGAUCUAAAUUCUCCCCACAACAACUAUAAACUUCUUACUAAAAUCUCGCCGAUAAACUUUUGCAUAUUUAUGUAGUGUUGAUAUUGUUAGCGAAUAAUGGGGUGUACACAAUCGAAGAUCGAAAAUGAAGAAACUGUAACUCGAUGCAAAGAGCGAAAACACUUCAUGAAAGAAGCUGUAUCUGCUCGUAACGCCUUUGCUGCAGCUCACUCUGCUUAUACUAUGUCUCUUAAGAAUACUGGUGCUGCGCUUAGCGAUUACGCUCACGGCGAGGUUCAAUUUUCGUCUACUGCCGCCGCCGCCGCCGCCGCCGGCGUUAAUUCGCCGCUAUCCGGUGUUACUCCGCCGUUAUCUUCUGCUCCUUUAGAUAUGCCUCCUCCACCUCCGUUGCCGCCGUUUCCGAAUCCGUCUUUCUCGCCUUCUCCUUUACAGCGUGCUGCUACUAUGCCUGAAAUUGCUAUACCCACACCCGACCCUAAACGAUCCGAGAUGAUUAUAGAGGAGGAGAAUGAAGAGGAGAUGGAGAGUGAAAGUAUGCAUGGGUUAAGGCAUCGGAGUAGUAAGAGUAGUGGCGGAGGAGGUGGUGGUGGUGGAAUGGGGGGUAGAGGUGGGGUAUCGAAUCGACAGGGAAUUGAGAAUGAAGAAUUGUCUACGCCUCCUUCUCCACCACCUCGGCCGCCGCCGCAGAAUAAUCGAACGCCGCCACCUCCACCACCACCAGAUAGUAAAGGGAUGUCGUCAUGGGAUUUUUUCUUUCCUUCAAUGGAAAAUGUACCAGGGCCAACGUUAGCUGAGGUGGAUGAGAGUAGGAUCGAAAGAGAGGAACUUGAGAGGAAGAUGAUGGAGGAAAGGGCAAAGAGAGCCGAGAACGAUGCCCGCGCAGAUGAAACUGAAAGAGUGAGGAAAAAUGAGAUGCCAAAGGAGGCGGAGGUGCUGGAAACGGUAGAGAAGCCUCCGUCACAGCCACCUCCUCCGCCUCAGGCUGCUACCAAGGUUAUGAAAAGAGCAAAAAAUGUUGUUCCGGGAGAGAGUAAAAAGAAAGCUGGUCAAUUUAACCUUCUUCAGAUAUUAUCUGAGCUGGAUGAUUGUUUCCUUAAGGCAUCCGAAAGUGCUCACGAGGUAUCUAAGAUGCUUGAAGCGAAUCGAUUGCAUUAUCACUCAAAUUUUGCUGAUAAUAGAGGACACAUUGAUCAUUCUGCAAGGGUCAUGCGCGUCAUAACAUGGAAUAGGUCCUUUAGAGGUUUGCAAAAUGCCGAUGAUGGAUUGGAUGACUUUGAUUCAGAAGAACAUGAAACUCAUGCAACAGUGUUAGACAAAAUGCUUGCAUGGGAGAAAAAACUGUAUGAUGAAGUGAAGGCAGGAGAACAAAUGAAACUUGAAUAUCAGAGAAAGGUUGCUUCAUUGAAUAAGCUCAAGAAACGUGGUACAAAUACAGACGCGUUGGAGAGAGUGAAAGCUACAGUAAGUCAUCUACACACAAGAUACAUUGUCGACAUGCAGUCGAUGGAUUCUACUGUUUCAGAGAUAAAUCGGUUACGCGAUGAACAACUUUAUCCAAAAUUGGUUGCUCUGGUUGAUGGAAUGGCUAUAAUGUGGGAGACCAUGAAAGGAUAUCAUGUAAGUCAAGCUAAGAUUGUGCAAGCGCUGAGGUCUUUGGAUAUAUCUCAGUCCCCUAAAGAAACAACUGAGCACCAUCAUGAACGAACUUUGCAGUUGUAUGUUGUAGUCCAAGAGUGGCAUUCACAGUUUGACAAAUUGGUUGUCUACCAAAAACACUAUAUUAAAGCUCUUAACAAUUGGUUAAAGCUAAAUCUCAUCCCUAUUGACACAAAUCUGAAAGAAAAGGUUUCGUCGCCACAACGACCCCAAAAUCCUCCAAUUUUGUCACUUAUACAUGCCUGGUAUGAUCAUCUCGAGAAGCUGCCUGAUGAGUUGGCUAGAACUGCUAUUUAUAACUUUUCAGCUGUCAUAAAUACGAUCUUUGAAUACCAAAAGGAGGAGAUGAAGCUGAAGGAUCGGUGUGAGGAUACUCGGAGAGAGCUUAACAAGAAGACUAGGCAAUACGAGGAUUGGUAUCACAAGCACAUGCAGCGUAGAACUACCUCAGAUGAUAUGGAUCCAGAAUCGGCGCAGGAAGAUAAUCUUGUGGUUGAUCGGCAGCUACAGUUGGAGGCGCUGCGGAAGAGGCUGGAGGACGAGGAGGACUCAUACCAGAGGCAAUGUCUUCAGGUGAGAGAUAAGUCUUUGACAAGUCUGAGAAGCCGCUUGCCCGAGCUUUUCGGGGCAAUGUCAGAAUUUUCUCUUGCAUGUGCGGAUAUGUACAGGGACUUGAGAUCUAUCGCAAAGAAUCGUAAUAGAAAUGGCAAUGCAUGAUUGAUGAUACUGUAUACAAGUUGUAGCCAUGUAUCCUUUUGCAUUACCCUUUGUGGAACAGCUGGGGGAAGGUGUAAUUUAUUUCAUUACUUGUACUUUUCUUGUAUAUGGAUCAAAGAAGAAUUUGUCAAGAAGCCAGCAAGUUCAGAAUUGUGUCCUUCCGUAGACACUGCUGUGCCAAUUCAAGUCUGACGUGAACUUGAAAGAGCAACGGAGAAACUUCACCCACACAGUUUCUCGUCUAUAAAUGAUGAGUACUUGUUAUUGGUCAUCUCAAGGAUGUGCAAAGUCAUAGAAAUUAGAGGUCCAAAAUAAAUGCUUUAAGAUUUUGAAUAGCUAAUGUAUCGUUACAUAGAUUUCUAAUUUAGGUUGCAGGCUGAUUUAAUCAAUGGAUUAUUCGCUUCAAAGGCACUGUUAUUAUCUU